AUGGAAACUAAAAAUACAACCGAGCUGGAAGCCUUUGUUCUCUUGGGACUCACAUAUCAACCAGAGUGGCAAAUUCCCUUGUUCCUGGUGUUCUUGGUUAUGUAUCUCAUCACAAUGGUGGGGAACCUUGGUCUGAUUGCUCUCAUCUGCAAUGACCCUCACCUUCACAUCCCCAUGUACUUAUUCCUUGGGAGUCUGGCAUUUGUGGAUGCUUGGUUAUCAUCCACAGUAUCCCCCAAGAUGUUGGUCAACUUCUUUGCCAAGAGCAAGAUAAUCUCUCUCUCUGAAUGCAUGAUACAAUUUUUUUCCUUUGCAAUCUGUACGACCACAGAAUGUUUUCUGUUGGCAUCAAUGGCAUAUGAUCGGUAUGUGGCCAUAUGCAAACCACUACUUUAUCCAGUCAUUAUGUCCAAAACACUGUGCAUCCGGCUGAUACAUUUGUCAUUUUUAGGUGGCUUUCUUAAUGCCAUAAUUCAUAAUGCUUUUUUAUUCAGAUUAACCUUCUGCAAUUCUAUCAUAGUACAUCAC